AUGAGCCAGCUUGGAGUGGCAUUUGGCAGGGAGGGGGGUGGGAAGACGAGCGGCCGCGGGCGGCGGGCCGAGGGCCGAGGGCCGGCGCGGGGAGGCGGGCGCCAGCCGGGCCGCGGGCUGCCGCGCGUGACGUCGCGCCGGGCAGGCGUUAUCAGCGGCGGGGCCGCGGCCGGGGCGGCGCGGGUACCGCGGACGGCUGCAGCCGGCGGCCGCGCGCCCGUGCCCAGCGCCUCUGGCCGGGCGCCCGCCGCAGGGCGGCAUGAGCCCGCGGCCGCGGCCCUAGCGCCCCGCUCCUCCGCCCGGCGGCCCGGCGGCGGGGACGGGGCUCGCGGCGGGCGUGGGAGCCAUGAAGCCGAGCCGGCCGGGCCGGCGAGGGAGCUGGAGCCGCAGGCACCGGCCCGGGGCGAGCAGCGCGCGGCGGAGCCCGAGGGGCGCUGGCGGGAGAAGGGCGAGGCGGACACGGAGCGGCAGCGCACCCGCGAGCGGCAGGAGGCCACGCUGGCCGGGCUGGCCGAGCUGGAGUACCUGCGGCAGCGCCAGGAGCUGCUGGUGCGGGGCGCCCUGCGCGGCGCCGGGGCUGCGCCCCGCGCGGGGGAGCCGCCGGGGGAGGCGGCGGGGCGCGGCCGCCUGGAGGAGAAGUUCUUGGAGGAGAACAUCUUGCUGCUGCGGAAGCAGUUGAAUUGUUUGAGGAGAAGAGAUGCUGGUUUGUUGAAUCAGUUGCAAGAACUUGACAAGCAGAUAAGUGACCUGAGACUGGAUGUAGAAAAGACAUCUGAAGAGCACCUGGAGACGGACAGCCGGCCCAGCUCAGGGUUUUAUGAGCUGAGUGAUGGAGCUUCAGGAUCCCUGUCCAAUUCCUCUAACUCGGUCUUCAGUGAGUGUUUAUCCACUUGUCAUUCUAGCACCUGCUUCUGCAGCCCCUUGGAGGCAACCCUGACUAUCUCAGAUGGUUGCCCCAAAUCUGCUGAUCUCAUAGGAUGGUUGGAAGGUAAAGAAGCCCACUGUGAAGACCCGGCCUCGGCGGCAGUUUGCCCUUCCCCCUACACACCACAAUUUAAUUCCCUUGAUGUCAUUGCAGAUGUGAAUCCCAAGUACCAGUGUGAUCUGGUGUCUAAAAACGGGAAUGAUGUGUACCGCUAUCCCAGUCCACUCCAUGCCGUGGCCGUGCAGAGCCCAAUGUUUCUCCUUUGCUUGACCGGCAACCCUCUGCGGGAAGAGGAGAGGCUUGGUAACCAUGCCAGUGACGUUUGUGUCGGACCUCAGGUGGACGCCAUCAAGACAGGCACUUCCUUACCAUCGCCAAGCAGCUUGUGGGCUGCUCCCCACCCCUCAUCCAGUAAGAAAAUGGACGGCUACAUUCUGAGCCUGGUCCAGAAAAAAACACACCCUGUAAGGACCAACAAACCGAGAACCAGUGUGAACGCUGACCCCAGCAAGGGGCUUCUGAGGAACGGGAGCUUCUGCGUCAGAGUGCCUGGGGGCGUCUCGCAGGGCCAUAGCGGGAACCUUAAGAAUUCUAAACAGGCGCCUGUGCCCCCUGGUGGAAUCCUGGCUUUGGACGGUGGGCCGUUCUCCCCGCUGAAGCAGUGGGCGAAGGAAGCAAAGGCAGACCAACUGGAAAGCAAGAGGCUGCCCGCGCCCGAGGGCGGCUUGCCAGGCGCCGCCGCUGACCUUCAGAGCAAGCAUCUGCCCAAAAGUGCCAAGCCAGCCUCCCAGGAGCACACUCGCUGUCCCACCGCGGUGACAGGGGAGCCCCCUAAAGACAGCAGUCAGAUCCCAGCUGCCCCUCCAAAGGAGAGCCCUGGGCGGGCCCCCGCCCCUCUGCAGGAGAACAGAGUGGUGCAGUCCCUCAAGAAGGCCUCGCAGAAAACCGGCCCGCCGGCGCCCCCCGCCCCCGUGGCCCCCGGGGCGCUGCCGUCCUCGGCCUUCCCGGGGCCCGAGCGGCCGGCCCUGGAGUUCAAGAGCGAGGGCUCGUCUUCGCAGAGCCUCGAGGAGGGGCCGCCGGGGAAGGCGCCGUGCGUCCCGGGGCCGCAGCCGGGCGGGAGGCCAUCCCGGGCCAGCCGCGCCGCCGUCCCGCGGGGCUCGGCCCCGAAGCCCAGGCCGCAGGCCCUGCACGGGCCCGAGGGCGCGCUGCCCGGGCCGAGGGAGCGGAGCCACGCGGCCGGCAGGAAGGGGCGGCUCCCCGACGACGCGGAGCCGGGCAAGAGGCUGCGGAGGGCGCCGGCCAAGGGCCGCAGGGGCGGCGGCGGCCAGGCCGAGGCGGCGCUCCCCAGCCGGCCGCUGGGCGCCGGCCCCCGCGGGCCCGGGAGCAGGGCGCACGGGCACGGCCGCGAGGCGCUGGCCAGGCCCCGGCACAAGCGGCCCGAGUCGCGGCGCUGGCGCUCGGCGGCCGAGGUGUCCUACGAGGAGGCCCUGCGCAGGGCGCGGCGCGGCCGCCGCGGGCACGCGGGUCCCUACGCGGCGCCGCCGCCCUUCGCCAGCGCCUACGCGUGCGCGGCCAGCGACUCCGAGUACUCGGCCGAGUGCGAGUCCCUGUUCCACUCCACCGUGCUGGACACCAGCGAGGACGAGCGCAGCAACUACACCACCAACUGCUUCGGCGACAGCGAGUCCAGCGUGAGCGAGGGCGACUUCGUGGGCGAGAGCACCAGCACCAGCGACUCGGAAGAAAGCGGGGGCUUCAUGUGGUCCCAGUUUGUGCAGACCCUCCCUCUGCAGGCCGUCCGCGCCCCGGACCUGCACGGCAACCCCGCCAAAGCCUUCGUCAAAAUCAAGGCCUCGCAUACCCUCAAGAGGAAGAUCCUCCGAUUUCGGUCUGGCUCCUUGAAACUGAUGACGACCGUUUGAAUCACGUCGUUGGUGUGAAAGUGGGUAUUUUCUAGUUACCGAAGAAAAGGUGGCGUCCUAGUUUUUGUGUCGUAAUUGCACAGAAUGCUUUCCUUUUGUUAAGAUAAAACCAAGAUAAAUUAUGUCUCAUUUCAUCAUGUGUGGACACUAGUGCCUUUAAUGGAAGGUAAAGAAUGUUUUACUGGUUAGAAGUAAAUAUUGAGUUUUUAAUGGUGGUAAUAGUGAAUGAAUUUUGUGGUAUCAGAUGAUUUUUAAAUGUUCUGAGCAUCUGUGAAGGCGCAGGUUUUGAUGUUCAAGUCUGGUUGGGGUGAGACCUUUGGAUCUGGAGGUCAGGUGGAUAGAAUUGCAGGACAUGCAUUUGCUUCUAGGUUCUUUAGGGCAGUGUCUCCGUGAGGGUUAUCCAGUUGAGGGGCAUCACGUACAAUUGUGCAAAGUAGGUACGAGGGACAGUCAUUGUUUGCUGUAAAUUUUUUAUACAGUCUGCAUCUCUCAAAUGUAUCCCCAUUCUAUUUUCUUCUCAGAACUGUUUGGUUUACUGGACUCAGAACUUGAAGACCAGACCCUGAAUCCAGAGAGCUGGCGACCUGGAUAGGGAGCUGGUGCUAUCUUAAAGGAUUCGCUAAACUUUUGCCACACUUGGUGCCUAGGCCCUGGUUGCAGUAACCCCUUCUGGGGCCAUUUAUCCAGCAUUUUGAUGCCUUUCUCCUUCUCCCUAAUUUGCAGCAGAUCCAACUAUUUCUCCCUUGGAGGACUUGCCUUUGUGAUAAAAUUUUGGUCCGUAGGUACAGAGAAGUUCACUCCUAAUAAAGCUUGGGCGUGACUACAAGCCCAGAAUUGCUCACUGAGCACUGUGCCACCUUAGCAGUGACCCAAACACACGAGUGCAAUCCAGUCCAGAUUGGACCACUGAUGCUGUCUGGAAGGGCUUUUUUUAAAAAAAAAAACAAACUUUUUUGGUAACAGUAUUGUGUAAAAUUGCUUUUUUUAUACCAAUAUAUGCAUGUUUUGUGCAUGAGUAGUAUUUGUUUUGAUACUCCUGUUGGUGUUAAAUUGCUGUAUGAUAUAACAGUAUGUGUUUUUAUAUAUCAUUGUGUAAAUUUAAUAUAACACAUUAUAUACUGUAAUAAACGAUUUGUUUUACUGCUGUUAAGUUUGUUAUUUGGGUAUAAAACCAGAUGUUUACACCUAUAAA